AAACCCUCUCUCUCACUCUCCGUCUAUCCUGGUUUUUCCCGCGGGAGCAAGUCUACAAAUUAGUGCAAAAUACAUUGACAAUUAACAAUCUAAAGCCCUAAAAACGAAUAGAAGCUUAAAUUUGCUGACAGAAAUGGAGGAACCACACUUGUGGAUAUCAGAUUCGACUAAUUCAACUGUGAUUUCUUCGACUAUCGGCAAAGUAAUCAACACUCUUCUCACUUCUCGUCCCAAAAAACUAGAAGACUCCAUUUCUUAUCUUGGCUCUGCUUCUCUGAAAACUUCUGGGAGUUUGGAAGAACCACUGUGUGUUCUUAAAAAGUAUGUUAGGGAUGCAGUAGAGAAACAAGAGUCAUUGGAUCAAAUUCUUGUUCCGAUGAUUGAAAAUUCAUUGACGUGGAAGGAUUCAAGACGAUCCAACCAAGUUUUGAUACUUCUUAAUUGGUUAUUCGAGGAUGAACUUCUUUUUGAAGCUGUUGCAGUUGAUCUGGUGACCGUUAUUAAGAGAAAAGAUGAUCGUUAUAUUGCUCUUGGAUGGUGCACAUUGAUACGCGCACUUGUAGAACAUGGGAUAACUAAGAAGCAAUCUUCAGAUAUUGGGAUACAAGUGAAGCACCAGAAACUAUUGAAGAUUUUUUCCUCUUCAAUUUCACAUCUUUCGUCUCUUGUUUGUAGUGGGAGCAAAUUGCAGGACGGAUAUGAAUUGCCUACUCGUCUUUCAGUAGCUGUUGCUGAUUGUGUUCUUGUGCUUACUGAAGCAUUAAUAGUAAAUGCAUCUACUUCAAAUAGAUCGCUGUCCGCAGAUAAAUCAAAUAUUCUUGCUGCAUCAACAACUAGUGCUAGUAAUGAGAAGCAAGUGAAUUCAAUUUCUACACUUCCACAAGGCACUGAAAACGUGGAGAUGGAGAUUAUGCUUUGGAAUCAUUUGGAUGAACUCAUUAAUCUUGUGCUGAAACUCUUGGCUUGGAGCAGAAAAAGCCGGCCUUUACAUGCCAAAGGAUUGGAGCAAGUUUUACAGUGGUUGCGGGAGAUAAAGAAACAUUACACUCUUGUUCCAGAGCAGGCAGGUGAUGAUACAGUUAAAACUGGAACGGCAUUACUUUCUUCUUGUUGGAAACACUAUUGCAUGCUUCUGCGGUUAGAGGAUUACAGAUUUUCUAAGAGCUACAUGGAGAUGUUGAACCAGUAUAUAUCAGGCAUCCAGUUUUAUAUGAUGGACUACAGUGACGAUCAAUCCGGAAAUAAAGACGGCGGGAAUGAUACCAUCAAGUUUUUCCUGAGUUGUAUUUCUCUUUUACUGGGGCGCCUUGACAGCAAGCAGUUUGAAAUUGCAAUGUCAGAACACGGUUUGCCAUUAUCACAGAAUCUCUUGUCACAGCUUCAAUGUGUUGAUGAAGAUGUGAUAGAACGAGUUGUUUGUAUCCUAAGGGUAACUCUCUUUAAUAUAAACUAUACUUCGAAGAAAAGCAGUAUCCUUGAUAACCUGGUGUCCGAAGAAGUUCUAUCCUUGUUGCUAAACCUUCUAGAUGAGAGGGAUGGCAUUGCCAAAGCUGUUGUUUCGUUAAUUGCUGAAUUCUGCAGCAGAAACAUAGAUGGCGAAUGCCUUCAGGAAGUCUUCACGCGCCUUAGUUCCGGGAAUUCCCUGCAGAGGAGGAACGCCAUUGAUGUCGUUUCAGAACUUGUCCAUGUGUCUUCUGGUUCAGAAAAACCACUUCCAAUUUCCACGCGAAAAAACAUGAUCAAACACCUAAUAGAUCGCCUUGGAGACGACGAACAUUCCAUACGCAUACAAUCUUCCAAUCUACUCGCGAUGAUGACUGAUCCUCACUUAGUUCUGCCUGAUCUCGUUCGCCUCGUUUACUCUCCAGAUGAACGUACAAGAUCUUCUGCAUGUGAUGCUCUUGCUGCAGUGCUCAAAUUCCAUAACAAGAGUCCUAAUUUGAUAAUUAUGUUAAUCGACUAUCUCAGCAAUCUGUAUCAUAGCUCCGGACUUCCAAGAACUCCUGGAGGAGAAGGUGGAGGCUCAAAUCUUGACAGUGAUAUAAUACUUGGGCUUGUGCCAGAGUGGGCAAAAAGUGUUGAAGACUGGAGCAUUUUUAUCGAACAAUUAGUAGACAAGAUGUUUUCAGAACCCUCAAAUGUGAUUAUUGUCCGUUUUCUGAGCUGUAUCAAUGAGCACCUUGCGGAUGCCCCAAAUGUCUUACUCCCUCGAAUUCUCCUCUACAUGCAAGGACAGAAGGAGAUGUGUAGAAAGUUCUUGGCUACAGGAGCAAGUGGGAUAGAUAAGGGUGAUGAUUCUUGUAAAUUGAGGGAUUCUCUGUUUGAUCGUCUCUGUCCACUACUCAUAAUCAGGCUUCUUCCAUUAAGAGUAUUUGAUGAUCUUAACUCCUCCACUAUGUAUGGUCAUCCUCUCAUUGAAGGAUUUGUGGAUGAUACAACAGACUCCAGCGUUGAGAACCACUCAAGUAUUGCUGUUCUUCUUGUUAAUAGAGCAUUUAAUAAAUAUGAAUUUGAAGAUGUCAGAAAGCUUGCAGCCGGAUUAUGUGGUCGCAUUCAUCCUAAGGCUCUCUAUCCAAUGAUGCGAUCCCAGUUGGAGACUGCCACAUGUUCUCUGGAUAUAGUCAAGAUAAAAGCGUCUUUGUUUGCAAUUUGUACUUCCCUUGCGUUAAGGGGUAGUGUUCCGUCUCUGCAUCCUGUUAUGCUUGAGAUAAGGAAAAUAUUGGAAACGGUUCUGACUUGGCCGUCUUUGGAUGGUGAUGAAGUCUCUAAAGCACAACACGGGUGCAUUGAUUGUUUAGCACUGAUGAUUUGUGCUGAGCUACAAACUGCCGACUCGUCGAAGGAGUUCUCUAUGAGCAAAACUAAUAAAACAGGUGAAAAGGAAAAGAGUUCUCAUGAAAAUGUUCCUACAGCGAAUUCAGUCCUCAAUCAUGUGAUCCAGCAAUUGAUUCAAGAUAGGAGUGACCAUGGGCUUGAAAAACCUGUCCUGCUUUCUUUUCGUUUAUGCAUGGCUAAUGUUAUUAUCAGUGCUUGCCAGAAGAUCUCGAACCCCAGAAAGAAGAGACUCGCUAAAAAAAUUGUUCCUGUUCUCAUUAAUUCUGCUGCGGUGAUUACUAACUCGGACGUUAGAGCUGCAUGCAUACAAGUUCUAUUCUCAGCUGUGUAUCAUCUCAAAUUGGCAAUUCUUUCUUACUCGUCUGAUCUACUUAGACUUUCUAUAAAAGCUCUUGAAGAAGGUUCAGAUAUGGAAAAGAUGGCAGGAAUGAAGUUGAUGGCAUCACUUAUGUCAAGUGAAGAUGAAAUCGUGGAGAGUAUUGGAAAUGGGCUACUUGAAGCAAAGUCUCUUCUAAAAAGUAUUUCGGUGAUGAAUACCGCUUCACCAGAAUUGAGACAAAUGUGUGAGAAGUUGGGAGUAUGCAUGAUGUCUCCGAUCAGAUGAUAUCUGUCCAACUUCUCCAAAUUGCACACCUGCAUGUAUAUUUUUAAAAUCUUUCAUCCAACAUGAUAUGAGUUGCAUCUUUUAGAAUACUUGUUUCUUAAAAUUUAAAGGAAGAACUUUAGAGCUUUCUUGUCCUGAUUUACAAAAUACCACCCAGUGAAGAGCUUCAUUAACAGGAAGCCGCACCCAUAUGGGAUAUUUCUUGAAUAUAAAUUCUUAACACUA